AUGGCAAGGCCGUUGAUCACCAAUGAUAAAUUCAAUGGGGAGGUCAGGAUCGAAUAUUGCAAAAGGUCACACUUGGUCUCCUCUCUGAGCUCAUGGAGAAAGCUUUUUGCAAGUCAAGCAUGCAGAGACAGUGAUAACAGAAACCUUCUCAAUCCUAAACUAGGGUUUUCUUAA